AUGACUAUUCAAACUACUUUAACUGCCCAAAAGCUCGGUAAAUACUUUGAUCAUGCUGUUCUUCGACCAGAUCAAACAACAGAAGAUGUGAUUAAAGGAUGCGAAGUUGCCAAAAAGUACAACCUUGCCUCCGUUUGCGUAAAGCCUUGCGACGUAAGCCAGGCUUGUAAACUAUUAGAAGACACGGAUGUUGAUGUUGGCACAGUUAUAUCAUUUCCUCAUGGUAACUCUACUACUGAGGCCAAGGUAGCUGAAAGCUUACAAGCCAUUCAAGACGGUGCUGUCGAGUUAGAUGUGGUCAUAAAUAUCGGAUUUGUGAAGUCUGGUCUAUAUGAAAAGGUACAACAAGAGCUGAAAAAGAUUGUUGACCUAUCUAAGGAGAAAAAGCAAGAUGUUUGCAUCAAGGUAAUUUUUGAAACGGCCUAUUUAACGAAUGAUGAAAUUGUAAAGACUUGUGAGUUAUGCAUGGCAUCUGGUGUCGAUUACGUCAAGACUUCGACUGGAUUUGGUCCUGGUGGAGCUACUUAUGAACAUAUUGAAUUGAUGAGAAAGACUGUACCAAAUACAAUGGGCGUUAAAGCAUCAGGUGGUAUUAAAACAUUAGAGCAAGUACUAAAGUACAUUGAGUUAGGCGCAACUCGUAUUGGCUCCUCGUCCUCAGGUGCAAUUAUAGAAGAGUUUAAAGCAGCUCAAAAGUAG